UCAACUUUUUGACAUUAUCUAAACUAAAAUUGCAAAUCAUAAUAACAUUUAUUUUAUUUAGUUAUAUCGCACAGAAAUUUAAAUUUUUAAAAAUAUUUUUUAGUUCUUUUAUUUGAAAUGUUAAAAAAAAAUAACUAAUUGUCUAAACAAUAACAAACAAUAACAAUAAUAAUAAUAAUAAUAAUAAGUAGUAAUCCUUGAAAAUAGUAUAAAAUAUGUUUGUGGUAAAAAAGAAAAAACAAGUGUUAAAUUUAAAUUAAAAAUAAAAACGAGUGUUAUGUGUCGGUGGUUUGAUGAUGGGGUGGAUGAAAAUAAUGUCAAUAUGGGCAGUGACAUGGUCUUUUUGUUUAAUUAUAAAUGGAUUGGUUAAUCCUUCAUCUCUGCCACAAUCCUCAUCAUCAUCAUCAUCAUCAUCGUCGUCGUCGUCAUCGUCGCAAAAUGUCAAACAAGUACCUUGUGAUAAAACACGUAAAAUAUUCACCGAUUCAUGGGGAAUUAUCAGUGAUGGACCUAUGGGGUCAAACUACACUCAGGAUUCUCACUGCGAGUGGCUCAUAAAAGCAAAUAACAGCAGACAGUUCAUAACUUUGAGCUUCAGAACAAUGGGAACAGAGUGCAGUUAUGAUUAUGUAUUUGUUUAUGAUGGUGAUUCCUUUCGUUCACCAUUGCUGGGUAGUUUCAGUGGUAAAACUGAACCUCAGCAAGUUACAUCAUCAUCUGGUUAUAUGCUAAUUUUAUUGUACAGCGACACAAAUUAUGUCCUAGAUGGUUUUUACGCUGAAUUUUCAGUAACAGAUUGUCCGAACAAUUGUACAAAACAUGGAAAAUGUAUAAACAAUAUUUGUGUAUGUGAAAAUUACUGGGGUGGCAAGGAUUGUUCACGUGAACUAUGUCCGAAUAAUUGCAGUGGAAUUAAAUCUGGAAGCUGUGGUAUUAAAAAAUGUCAAUGUCGCAAAGGAUUUUCUGGUCAAUCUUGUUCGUUGAAUAAUAUAAAUCCUGAGGGUAAUAAAUGGCACUGGUUAUCACACUCAGAAGGUGGCUUGACACCACGUGCUGCGCAUACUGCUAUUUAUGAUAACAAAACAGACUCACUGUAUGUAUUCGGUGGUUAUAAUCUCAAUAAUGUGUUAAGCGACUUACAAAUUUAUCGUUUUAAUACGAGCCAGUGGGAGAAUGAAUAUGGAGAAGUAUUGGAAGGUGCAUCUGCUACUGAAUAUUUGGAUCCCAUGCUGAUUGCUGGUGAAUUAGAACGCAUUGGAUUAACAGGAACGGAAGCUGAAGAAAAGUAUGGAAUAUCAUCAAGUUCGUUGGUAUGGAAAGUACUUAAUAAUAUUAAAAAUAACUCAAGUGCUUUUAAUUUUCGCGAUGCCAAUAAAUUACACCAAUCGUCUGUUAUUUCUGAUAAAAAUAAGCAGAAUAAUUGGAGAGAAUUUAUUAGUGGCCGGGAUUAUCGUUCUACUAAACGUCGAAAACGUUCAGCUGAUAAAGAACAAGACAAUGAUAAUCCUAGUCCUCGUUAUGGACAUGCGGGUUGUAAAUAUAAAAAUGGUUUUGUCAUUUAUGGUGGUAAAUUAUCAAAUGGUUCAUUAUCAAAUCAACUAUGGCAUUAUGAUGUUGAAUUUAAAAUUUGGACUCUAAGAGGAAAAAAAUCAAAAUUUGUCCCACCAGCAUUAACACGUCAUACAUUAACACUCACUGAUGAUGAUUAUAUAUAUUUAUUUGGCGGUAGUACUAAUGAUGGUGAAUUUUCCUCAAAUUUAUAUUACAUUAAAUUGAAUUUUAAAAAUCCAGAUAGUGAGCAAUGGAGAAAAAUAAUAUCACGUGGUGGUAAAGAAUUAGAUGUACGUGUUGUUGCACAUACGACAGUAUAUCAUAAAUCGACAAAUUCAUUAUUAGUAUACGGUGGUGUUGUUGCAAGUGUCGCUCGUUUUAGUAAACUAUCAGAUCGUAUGUUUGUAUUUCAAUUGAAUCGUAAAGUCUGGUCAGAAAUAAAUUAUCCACGUGCACAUUUAAGAGACACUUACGUACCACGUGAACGUGCAUUUCAUACAUGCAAUAUUAUCGGUAAUUAUUUAGUUGUUUUUGGUGGUUACUCUCAUCGUCACAAUAAAGAAGAAAUAUGUUAUGAUAAUCAGAUGUAUUUAUAUCACUUGGGUUGUCAUGUUUGGGUAAGCCACGAAGUAUUUGGAUCAUCAAUAAUAAAUGAUAAUGGUAAUAAUAAUUAUCCAAAACAACAGGGUGUAUUUGCACAUGCUGCUGAUGUUAGGAAUGGUAAUACAUUAAUUUUAGUUGGUGGUUAUCAUGGUAAUGUCAAUGGUGAUUUACUAGCUUAUACAUUACCAUCAAUGCUAUCACCUGGUGAUAAUGAUUAUAACAAAGGAUUAGAGCCAGAACAAUUAUGUUACAAACAUAAAACAUUUACUGAGUGUUCAUCAAAUCCAGAAUGUGGCUGGUGUUCUGCUGAUGAAUUAUGUUACGGACGUACUAUUGGUAGUAAUUGCACAACAAAUUUACAAACAUCUCGUUGUCCAGGUGUAUGUCCAGCACUAGGUGAUUGUCAUUCAUGUCUAAUUCAUGGACAAUCGAAUACAAACAAUGGAAGUGGUAGUGGUAGUUGGGGUAUCAAUAUACGUAACAAAAAAUCAAUAUCAAAUAAAUUGAAUCUUGACACAUGUACAUGGUGUGUUGAAAAUGCACGAUGUCAUCAUAAAGAUGAUAAUUAUGGUGUAUGUGGUUUACGUGACGAUACAUUAUCACAAAUUCCUGGAUGGUGGGGAUCUAAAGGCACUGAAAUAAUUAGAGUUGAUGAAUGCCGUCAGUAUGAUCGUCGUCCUGGUUUGACAUUUUUAAAAUAUAAACCACCGGUUAAUCUAACCCAGCCAGACUAUGUUACUAUUGUCAAUGCAACAACCAUUGAUUUUAAUGUCCCAUCAAUGCAAGGUGCUAAAACAGAAUCUGGUCUUGGUGGUGAAAUGAUAGCACGGCUUGUUGGUUUUUUAAGAUUACCUCAAUAUUUUUGGGAUGAUAACGCGGAAAAUAUAAAAAUAUGUGUUAGCUAUAACAGUGCAACUCUACGAGUUAGUCAUAAUCUCGAUGAUGAUGAUAAUGAUGAUAAUAAUGAUGAUGAAUUAGAAUUAGUUGCUAAUUUAACUGCUGAAACGUCACAGUGUAUACCAACAAAAUGGUCAUCAAGUGGUAAUAAAAUGUUGUUACAACAAAAUGGACGUUAUUUAUUAGAUUUUGAAUCUAAACGCAUGGUAACUGUUAAUUAUGCAUAUCCAAGUAAAAUGGAAAUAACUCACAGUAAAAAAUCCGAAAAUCCUAAAGUAUUUACAUUUGAGUAUCUUGAGCCAUAUAAAAAUGGCACAUGCCAACAAUACAAUAAUUGUUUACAUUGUUUAACAGAUUCAUCAUGUGGUUGGUGUGAGUUAAACAAUAAAUGCUUAUCACGUACGUUAAAUGAAACAGAAAACUGUAUAACAACAAUUGAAUAUAAUAAUAGUAAUAUUACUGAAUGGCGUUAUUUAACAAUAACACCAUCAACAUGUGCCAAUUGUUCUAAUUACAUAACAUGUAAAUCAUGUGUUAUGACUAAUUUGUGUGAAUGGUGGACUGAAGAAGCAAGAUGUGCUAGAAUAGGACGCUUACCAAAUAGUGUAUUAAAUGUUGAACAAUGUCCGAUACCAUGUCGUCAAAGAAAAAAUUGUACUCAAUGUUUGGAUGAACGAGGUCGGUGUGUUUGGUGUGAAGCAACACAUGAAUGUUUUUCAUUUUCUGUUUAUACAUCAGAAUAUCAGUUUGGUUUAUGCCGCGAAUGGAUGGAUCAAGCUGGACUAAUGGGUGUUACAUCAAGAUCAUCAACACCAUCGACAUCAUUAUCACUAUCAUCAUCAGAAUCAAUAUUUUCUGCAAAUAAUAACAAUAAUUAUCAAUGCAAAAGCUGUAGCCGUCAUACUAAUUGUACAAAUUGUCUUCAUUCAUUGAGCUGCGGUUGGUGUUACAGUUUUGAUAAUCCAAUAACUGGUGUCUGUGUUCAGGGUGAUUUUAAUAAUCCACAUGUUAAUUGUAGUAUUGCUAUAAAUGAUUACUAUGGAAUAAAUGAAACGACUUUAAUAAAUCAUGAUUCUGGCUGGGCAUAUGCACAGUGUCCAGAUGUUGAUGAAUGUGAUCUUGGAUUACAUGACUGUCAUAUAAAUGCUAUUUGUACAAACACACAUGGUAGCUAUAGUUGUAAAUGUAAGCGUGGUUUUAAUGGUGAUGGACGUAAUAAUUGUACUAAAACAUGUUAUGAAAAAUGUAUUAAUGGUUACUGUAGUGAAUCACCGGAAUAUAAAUGUAAUUGUUAUCUUGGAUGGACUGGUCCUGAUUGUCGUACUAACUGUGGUUGUUAUAAUCACUCAACUUGUGUUAAAAGCGUUGGUAUUUGUGAUGAAUGCAAAGAUUGGACCACAGGUAAAUAUUGCCAAGAAUGUAAACCUGGUAGUUAUGGUAAUGCAACAACAAUUAUUGGCUGUCGUAAAUGUAAUUGUAAUGAUCAUGGCAAUAGUUAUUUAAAUUACUGUGAUGGUAUUACUGGUAAGUGUUAUUGUAAAGAUAAUACUCAAGGCGAAAUGUGUGAUAAAUGUAAAAAAGGUUAUUACGGUGAUCCACGUAAUGGCGGAAUGUGUUACUAUGGUUGUAUGUCACGUGGUAUGUUAACAGGACAACAAGAUGGCGGUGGUAUUAAUAGUAAACAAGGGUUAGGUAGUCGUUAUUCACAAUUAUCACUAUGGGAGAGUCAUCUUGCUGGUAGUCAGACACGUGAAUGUUUAUGGAUCGUCCGUCCGUCAAAUAAUAAUGAUAAUGAUAAUGAUACAUUGACAACAUCAUCAUCUUUAUUGUCACAAAGUAUUAUACAAUUUACGAUAAAUGAUGAUAUUAAUGUAAGUUGUCAGGAGAAUAGCGUUUAUGUCUAUGAUGGUUUACCAGACUUUGUAUCAUCAACAAGUAGUCAUCAGAGUCAAUUAUUGGGAGUUUAUUGCACUGAAAGUACAAAUUAUCCAGUUACUGUUGAAGCUAAGUCGGGUACACUUACCGUCCAUUAUAAACAGCUUGAUGAAAUAGAAGGUUUUAAUGCAAGUUACAUUAUAAUGACAUGUGGUAAUGGUGAUAUUAAUUGUCCACCAAAUCGUGAAUGUAGAAAUGGCCAAUGUUUAUGUAAAAUUGGUUUUGUUGGUAUUAAUUGUGAUAUUGAAUUAUGUCCGAAUAAUUGUACAUCAUCAAAAAAACAAGGAACUUGUGAUAAAAGCUAUGGUCAUUGCGUUUGUUCAAAUGGAUAUGGUGGUCGCGAUUGUUCGAUUAAAAUAAAAUCACAUCAAUUGGUAUUUACCGAAUUAUUUAAUUCGGAAUAUCUUGCUGAUAAUUUAGAUCAUUUACGUAAAACAUUGCCACGUUUUGGUCACAGUCUUGUUGCUGAUAGACGUGGAAGUUUAUGGAUGUUUGGUGGUUAUUCAUUGAGUCAUGGUCCAUUAAAUGAUAUACGUUUAUUUGAUACUAAAAAUAAUACAUGGAUGCCAGUAACUGUCGAAUCAACAUCCGAGGCAUCAAUGCCACAGGGACGUUAUUUUCAUGCUGCUGAAAUAAGCCAUAGUCGUCAGCAAAUUUACGUUUAUGGUGGAUUAUCACGUAAAGAACCGGGUGUCAGUGGUCUAUCUAAUAACACACUGAGCGAUUUUUGGAAAUUUAGUUUACAAAAUCAACGAUGGAGUCUUGUAACAAAACAUCCUUUAAAAUCAUCAUUGCCUGCAGCACCACCACCAGCAUCACCGCCAUUAGAAUCUGAAUCAUCAGCAACAACUACAUCCACCACAACAACAACAACUACAACAACUACGACACCAACUACAACAACAACAACAACCACCACCACCACACCAACACCAUCUUUUUCUUCUUCAUCAUCAUCAUCAUCAUCAUCAUCACUGAAUUUUGAAUUUGGAUCAGUACCACCACCACUGGCAGGUCACACAUUGACACUACGUCGCAAUGGUGAAUCUGAAAGUCUAAUUUUAAUCGGUGGUUUUAGUCCCAAGUAUGGUUACAUGGACAAUGUAUGGGAGUUUAAUUUAGAAACUGAAUUGUGGUCAUUGAUAGUAACACGUGGCAAUGGUCCACUGGGUGUUUACGGUCAUUCAACAGUUUAUCACUCAAAAUCAGAUAGUUUUUAUGUAUUUGGUGGGUACAUGUAUGCUAUAAACCGUACAUUUAUAUCCAAUAAAUUAUACGCGCUUAAUUAUAAAACAUUUACAUGGUCAGUAUUACCACCGUUUGAUGAUGACAAUAGCGAUAAUGAUGAUAAUAGCAGCAACAGUUUACCACAAGGAAGAUUUUUACAUUCGGCAGUUACUACAGAUGAGUAUAUGGUUAUAUUUGGCGGUCGUCAAAACCCAUACAAUACAAAUGAUUCAUUGAUAGCUUAUGAAUACGCUUGUAACUUAUGGAUAAAACUUAUAACGAAAGACACUGAAAUAAUAGGAACACCACCACCGCCAGCUUACGCUCACGCAAUGACUCAUGCUGAUCCUGAGAUAAAUAUAAUCUAUGUCGUCGGUGGUUUUGAUGGUGGUAUAAAUAGUCAUGUUACACAAAUAAUAAUUCCCGAUGAUUUAUGUAAUUUAUGGACUGAGAAAAAAAUUUGCCGGAAAUAUUUCGGAUGCUCAUUUUGUUCCGUGAUAACAAUAUCCGGUAAUAAUGAAUCUUAUUGUUUUUCAAACCAACAAUCAUCAUCAUCAUCAUCCUUAAUGUCAUCAUCAAUAAAUUAUCGUAUUGAUAAAUGCAAUACAAAUGUAACGAUGUCACAGCGUUCGAAUGGAAUUUAUUGUAACUAUGAUUGGAUGGCAAGUCGUAAAUGUCAGAAUUUAAAAACCUGCACUGAAUGUUUGGCCCAAUGGCCUUACUAUCGCGACAAUGAUAGUGAUGAUGAUGAUAGUAAUAGUGAUAAAGAUAUAAAUCGUCCUAUUUGUAAAUGGUGUACCAACUGUCCAACACCAAAUGGUAAAUGUAUACCAGUUGAUAAAGAUUGUGACGAGCAUAACAAAUGUAAUUUACGUAGCAAAUUAUCAAUAGUUGAUGUUAAUCAAUGCGGCGAAAGACAAUGUCCAGCAAGUGAUUGUGAUAAAUGUAGCAAACUAGAUGAUGAUUGCAUUUGGACACGUCAAGUUCUCAAAACAUCUGAAUUCGGUGUUAAAAUGACCAGCGAACCAAUUUAUGACUGGAACUGUGUAUCCAAAGAUAUAUUUGAACGUUCUAGUAUUAAAAUGGCAACAAGUAGCACGCAAUGUGAAUCAAGAUGCUGCUAUCACAAAGAUUGUUCAAGUUGUUUGCGUGGUACUGGUGCUGAAGGUGGCUGGCAUGAGUGCAGAUGGUCGACUCAAUUAAAUGAAUGCAUUUCACCAUCAUAUCAACCACUAUAUUGUGCUGGUGGUGUUUGUGGAUUAGUAUUACGUAAUUCUGAUAUUUUACAAUGUCCAGAACCUUGUUCAGUAUUUAAACAAUGCAGUACUUGUUUAAAACACUCACACUGUGGAUGGUGUUCACUUGAUUCUGAUACUUUAACCGGGCAAGGAAUUUGUACUGAAGGUUCGCUGGAAGCACCAACGGAUCAUCCUGCUGGUGGAACUUGUCAAAUGCUCUACGAUAAAUUGAAUCCUUCAUCAAUUGAACCCAUUGCAACAACAAUUUUACCACACGAUGAUUUUACGGAUACGAGUUUUGUAAUUGAUCAAGACUUUAAUUUAACAAAUGAAACAUUCCCGCCAAUUGUCGGUUUUAAUAAAAUAUUUUCCUGGCAUUACGUGCGUUGUCCCCCAGAGAAUGAAUGUUUAAAUCAACAUCACACUUGUUCUGCUAAAAGUGAAAAGUGUCUUGAUCUUGAUGAAGGUUUCGAAUGCAUAUGCGGUGAUGGUUACAAAAAUGAAACAACUUGGUCAACUGCAACAUCAUUAACAUCCUCAUCAUCAUCAUCUGGAUUAACAAAAUUAAAUGAUUACGGACACAAAAUGUGCGUGCCAAUGUGUACUCAGGGCUGUGUCAGAGGUACUUGUAUCGAACCAAAUGUAUGCCGUUGCGAUUUUGGUUACGUUGGUGCGAAUUGUUCCAUUCAAUGCCAAUGUAAUGGACACAGUAAUUGUGCUGGUCCAGAUAAACUUGACGUCUGUUUAAAAUGCCAUAAUAAUACAAUGGGUCCGCAGUGUGAUAAAUGCGAGCCACUCUAUGUUGGUAAUCCAUCAGACAAUGGACAGUGUGUACCAUGUCUUGAAUAUUGUAAUGGACAUACACGGAUUUGUAUAAAUGAAAGUAUGACUGUAUCAGAUCCUAAUUCAGUUGAUCGCAUGUCUAUUGAAUUAUUGCAAAAGCAACUUAUUGAAGGACCUGUUGCUAAAGCUAAAUGUGUUAACUGUGGUAAUAACACACGUGGUGAUAAAUGCGGUGAAUGUGUUUCCGGUUAUUUCCGUGGUACUGAAGAUUUACGUGAUAUAUGUAGACCAUGUCAGUGUCAUGGUCAUGGCAAUACAUGUGAUCCAAUAACUGGUGAAAAAUGUAAUUGCGGCAAUAAUACUGAAAGUGAACCACUUUGUACAAGUGGUCCGUCUAAAUUAUCAUCAUCUUCAUCAUCUUCAUCAACAAAUUCAAUAAACCCUGGUGGUAAACCUUGUUGGAUGGUACAGUGCAGUAAAUGCCGAGAAAAUUAUGCUGGUAAUCCAACGAUGGGACAUCAAUGCUACAAGACUGUUACUGUUGAUAAUAAAAUGUGUUUUGACUCAAAAUUAAUCGACGAGUGUAAAUUAAAACCUAAACCACUAAAUCCUGGACAAACUGUUUUUUAUAUGGUACAACCAAGAUUUAUGAACGUCGAUAUAAGAAUAAUGGUUGAUGUAACCCAAGGUGCACUUGAUUUAUUUCUAAGUCCUCGUGAUGAUUCAUUUAUCGUGACAAUAAAUUCAACUACUGGUUAUCAGGAUGUUGAGUUAGAUGGUAAAUUUAAGUAUCGUAAAAAUAAUUAUGACAAUUGGUCUCAAGAUGAUUAUAAUAUUGUUGAAUUCAAUCCACAUCAUCAUUCAUCAAAUUUUUCAUCCUCAGAAUAUCAUCAGCAACAAAAUUGGAAUACUGGACCACAAUUUUUAUUAAUGGAACGUUAUGCUACUGAUAAUUUAGCAACAUUUGUAACAAUCGAACAAAGAAAUACAUUUUUGAUAAUACGUAAUCUUACAAACCGUUUGGUAUUGACAUUACCACAAGACAAACAUGAAUUAGGUCUUACUAAAUUCCAUAUUGCUCUCAGAGCAAUCGAUCCACCUUACAUUGAAUCAACAACAAAUGGACGUGCCGCCUAUGGAAUGAUAUUUUUUCGUCAAGAUCAAUUACACAUUGAUCUAUUUGUAUUUUUUUCUGUAUUUUUCUCUUGCUUUUUUCUAUUUUUGGCAGCAUGUGUCGUUGCCUGGAAGACAAAACAAGCGGCAGAUGUACGUCGAGCACGGCGACGUCACGUUGUUGAAAUGCUGCAUAUGGCUAAACGUCCUUUUGCCUCGGCAAUUAUUCUUUAUGAUCGUGACAAUAAUAAUUCUGAUGACCGCAGUCCAACGUCACCUCAGCAACGUAAACCUGGACGUGCUCGUAAUCAAAAAAUUGUUAAUUUUCACAGCGACGUUAGACCAGUUGCCGUUGAACCAACAGACGACGGUGUUGCUGCAGUAGCAACAGUAUUCAUAAGACUUCCUGGUGGUCCACAUGCUCCAGUUAAAUUAGCUCUCGGUAGUUCAUUGAUUCUAUUGACUCGUGUCUAUCCCGUCAACAGUCGUGUGUUUUUACGUCGUCGAAACAGUCACGCUUUAAGUUAAAAAUAAAUAAUAUAUUUUUUAUUUAAACCAUGACCGAUUUUACAUCACAAGUAAAUGUAUUAU